AAUAAAAAAAAAAAAAAAACGGCGAAAGGGGGAGGGAUUGAUUAUAUUAUGCGGUAGAGGAUAGGUCUUGAGAUUUGGGCCAUGGCUUGUUUGCACAAAAUAACGAGUCCCUUCUCCAUUUCUUCUUCUUCUUCGUGCAAACCCCCAACAAAGAAGAAGCAAGAACUGAAUCAAAAUGUGGCGCCCAUUUCAAUUUCAAGAAGAUCAGCAGCAGCAGCAGCAAUUCUGAUAUCAGUGAGCCUAAUCUCAAACCCUCAACAGUCGGUGGCCAGAGAAAGACGCAACAGAAAGGCCAUCCCCCUUGAAGACUACCUCACUACCCCGGAUGGGCUGCUGCAAUACUAUGAUGUUGUCCAAGGGAAAGGUCCCACAGCUGAAAAGGGUUCAACCGUUUUGGUGCACUUUGAUUGCGUUUAUAACAAGAUUACCGCUGUUUCAAGCAGAGAGUCUAAGAUUUUAGCUGGUAACCGCACCAUUGCACAGCCUUAUGAGUUUAAGGUUGGAGCUCCCCCAGGAAGGGAAAGAAAACGCGACUUUGUGGACAAUCCAAAUGGUUUGUUUUCUGCUCAAGCUGCACCAAAGCCUCCUCCCGCCAUGUACACCGUUGUUGAGGGGAUGAAAGUUGGCGGAAAGAGGACCGUGAUUGUCCCCCCGGAGAUGGGGUAUGGUAAAAAAGGAUUGAAUGAAAUUCCGCCUGGAGCGACGUUUCAGUUGAAUCUUGAGCUACUGCAAGUAAUGCAGCCCGAAGGAAAGUAAUUUGUAAUGUUUCUUGGUUUUGUUAUGAAGAGCAAAUAUUUGUUGAACAUGUGUAAUGUGUAAAGUACACACAAUCGUACGUACGUUGUACUUAUUAUAUACCAAUUACAUUUUCUUUAAACA